AGGUAAGAAGGAAGAAAAGCGACUGCUUCUCUCUCUCUCGCUCUCUGGCCUGAGUUUGUUUGAGAGAGAUAUCAGUCCCCAAAGCCUCCAUUUUUAUUUUAUAUAGUAUGAGGUUCCAUCUCUCUCUUUCCAGAGGGUGAUUGCAAAAACACUUACUGCGAGGAGCAACCAAAGAGAAAUAAAAGGAGAGAAAGAGAAAGAAAGAGACGAGAGAAGGAGCGACAACACAAAGUGAGAGAGAGAGAGAGAGACAGACAGAGAAAAGAGGAGGAAUUCGAGAAGCUUUCAAUACCACAGAAGGGAAAACGAUGUCUGAGAGCUUUACAUCCUUUCACACUCUGCAACUCUAAGAGCAAGGGAAGAGUGUGCUGUGCCUAAAGAAGCAAAGAAAAAGAUGAUGAAGAAGAAGAUUCUGAUAUGGGACUAGCAACACCGCCGCUUCCACCAAUUUUCUCCCACUCAAAAACCCACCACUCAAUUUCAAUCCCAGAAAAGUCCAAUUCUUCCAAUUCUAUGUCCCAAGACUACCACCACGGCAUCUUCAGCUUCUCCAAUGGGUUUGAUAGAUCGGCCGUGUCACACCAAGACCAACAACACCACCACCAUCAUCACCCACAGGCCCAGCAACACCACAUAGCCCAGCAGAUCCGCAGGGACAAGCUGAGAGUGCAAGGCUUCGAAGCGCCACCGCCACAACUGGUGGGGAUAGAUGAGGAAGAAUCCAGCGGCCUUCCGGUGUAUGAGACUGCCGGGAUGUUAUCAGAGAUGUUCAAUUUCCCUCACGGGGGUGCCACCGCCGCAGACUUGCUAGAGCAGCCGAUGGCACCGAACUAUCGUUCCCCGCGGCCACAGCCGGCGGUGACCAAUGAGUGGUACGGAAACAGACAAGGGAUGGUGGUGGGGUUGGGGCCUUUGGGAGAUGCAAAGAAUCAGAAUAGUGUGAAUAGCCGUGACAGUCUUGCUCAUCAGCCUCAGCCUCAACAUCAUCAUCAUCAUCAUCACGGUCAGAUUUCAAGCAUUAAUGCUGCGGACUCAGCCGCUGCCAUGCAGCUUUUUCUAAUGAAUCCACAGCCAAGAUCUCCAUCCCCUCCGCCUCCUCCAACUUCGUCUACUCUACACAUGCUCCUUCCAAACCCAUCCACUUCUCUUCAAGGCUUCGCACCCUCCGGAGCCGCAGGAGGGGCGUUUGGUCAAUUCACUUGGGUUAAUUCUGACAGCGGCCAUGAUCAAGGAGGAGGAGCCGCCGCUGAAAUUGGAGGGGUUGUGGAGGGCCAAGGCCUUUCAUUGUCUUUAUCGUCUUCCUUGCAACAUCUGGAAGCGGCUAAAGCCGAGGAAUUGAGGAUGGGGGAUGGCGGGAUAUUGUAUUACAAUCAAGGAGCCGGAGGCUCGUCGUCCAGUCAGUAUUACAAGCCAUUGCAUUUGCAAGGAGUGGGUCAUCAGAACAACCAGGUUCCUGUUGGGUUUGGUUCGUCAUUAGGCGUGGUGAACGUGUUGAGGAAUUCAAAGUAUGUAAAAGCCGCCCAAGAAUUGUUGGAAGAGUUCUGCAGCGUUGGUAGAGGCCAAUUCAAAAAGAACAAAUUUGGAAGGCACAACGCCAACAACCCUAGCUCCAAUCAAGGUAAUAGUGGCGCUGGUUCUUCAUCGACAUCAAAGGAUCUCCCUCCAUUGUCAGCAGCUGACAGGAUUGAGCACCAGAGAAGGAAGGUCAAACUUCUUUCCAUGCUUGAUGAGGUGGAUCGAAGAUACAACCACUACUGUGAACAGAUGCAAAUGGUAGUGAACUCAUUCGACCUGGUUAUGGGAUUUGGAUCCGCGGUCCCUUACACUGCCCUCGCUCAGAAGGCAAUGUCUCGGCAUUUCCGGUGUUUAAAGGAUGCGAUAUCAGCGCAAUUGAAGCACAGCUGUGAGCUUCUAGGAGAAAAAGAUGGCGCGGGGAGUUCAGGAAUAACCAAGGGAGAGACUCCGAGGCUUAAAAUGCUAGAGCAAAGCCUAAGACAGCAAAGAGCCUUUCAUCAAAUGGGGAUGAUUGAGCAAGAAGCUUGGAGACCCCAACGAGGAUUGCCUGAACGUUCGGUCAACAUCCUGAGAGCCUGGCUUUUCGAGCAUUUUCUUCAUCCGUACCCAAGCGACGCAGAUAAACACCUGUUGGCACGACAGACUGGUUUAUCGAGAAAUCAGGUCUCAAACUGGUUCAUUAAUGCCAGGGUUCGAUUGUGGAAACCCAUGGUGGAAGAGAUGUACCAACAAGAAACGAAAGAAGAGGAUACAACAGAGGAGAGAGAAGGAGAAAGGAGUGGCCUCGCACAAACUCCAACGCCCACAGCGUCAGCUGCCACACCAGCAUCAACGACAGGACCAGCAGCAACAACAAUAGCAACUACUACGCCAACAGGCAAAAGAUCCGAUGUCAAUGCGUCCGAAAGCGACCCUUCACUUAUCGCAAUCAAUAGACAGUGCUUCCCGGAAAACCAAGCGAAGCAGGCCAACUCCACCACCACCACCUCUGAGGUGGCACCGCCUGCGUCCCAGUGCUUCCCGGCGGCCCAUGACAGCUCGGACAUGCACCAACACAGAUCAAUGGCUGCCGAAGACACGUGUCGCCGUGGCAGCGUCGUUGCAGCUGACUUUGGGACCAUCUCUGGUAAUGCUGACAUUGGGUCCACGCUCAUUAGGUUUGGGACCACGGCUGGCGAUGUGUCACUCACUCUAGGGCUACGCCAUGCCGGAAACAUGCCCGAGAAAAGUUCUUCUUUCUCAGUUAGAGACUUCGGGGGAUGUUAAAGUUCUAUAGUAGCUUAAAGAGAACAAAAAAAAAAAAAAAAAACAAAACACCAUUUUAGUUUCUUCAUCCUUUUCUUUUCCUUUUCGGUUCCCGACCAUAUUAAGAAAACACAUUAUCAGAAACGUAGCAUUUAAGCUAGUUAGCUGUAUGGGGGUCUAUUAUAAUUGUAUAGUAGAUUGUUUUUACGUACUUCCUUUAUGUACUUAAGGUUUGUACCUUAAUAGGAGUAUUUACUAGAAUAACAUGGAACCAUAUUUUGAGAGAGAGCAAGAGAUCGAGAGGGCUAUAUAUAAGCACUAGAUUUCAAUGGGUAAGAUAUGAUGAUAUAUUUA